GUUGGUGUCGUUUCGGUUUCGGUUCUGUCAAACUUGUUCGGUCGCUGCAAAAAUCACAGCUGACUGCGGACCUGUUUAUCAAAAUGUAUUUCUGAACGUCUGCUCGAGAUGGCGGAAGAGAGGAGUGAACCGCUGGUCAGUCUUCUCUCUGCUUGUCCCUGUGUCGACCCUGAUGAUGAUGAUGAUGAUGAUGAUGAACCGAAAGGAAAGUUCAAGAAAAGUGAUCAUGUUGCUUUUUACAGGCGGCAGAUGCAGGGUCCCAACUUGCAGCACCGAGCCCUGUUGGACACCAUGGUGCUCACGGAGAAGGGGGCGCGUUUUGAACUGCUGGAGCCCGACACGCAGACCAGACUGCUGCUCUUGGUGUCACCCUGUAAAAACGACACCGUGCGGAUAUUGAUAGACGAACUCCGGCCGGUCAAAGCCCGUUACCGAGUUCCUGAUGUGAUAACCGGGGAACAGCAGUGCGAACAGUUGAGAGUGGAGAGGCGGAGUCGCGACUCUGUUACCCUCUCUUGGUCUGCAGGACGGCAUCAGGUCUGCGUGCGGCGUUCCCCUUUCCGAGUGGAGAUCCUGUGUGAGCACGAGGUGAUGGCCACGUUCAAUUCCGAAGGCAAACUGUGGUUUGAGACGCUGCAGGGUGGGCCCAGGGCCACAUCUCGUGGUAGCGAGCUUCACGAGGACCCCCCACCUUUAUUAGGGAAAGAGGUUUUCGGGCAGUUCGCGGACGUCACAGCUGAUGUUCCGAGCAGCGUCGGGGCCGACUUCUGCCUCCACGGGUUCGGUCACGUGUACGGUCUUCCGGAACACGCCGACAGCCUGCAGCUCAGAGACACCAGCGAUGGUGAUCCUUACCGGCUGUACAACCUGGACGCCUUUGCCUACGACUUGUACAGUCGCCUCGGCCUGUAUGGCUCCGUGCCGCUGUUGGUGGCCCACAAAGACGACAGGACCUUGGGCGUGUUUUGGCUGAAUGCAUCGGAGACGUUUGUGAACGUACAUUACAGUGACAGUGACCCGCAGGGAGACCAAACGCCCCCGGUAAAGAGCGGGCGGCCUCAGACCGACGUCCACUGGCUGUCGGAGAGCGGCGUGAUCGACUGCGUGGUUCUGCUCGGGCCCGGUCCACAGCAGCUCUUCAGCCAGUAUGCUCAGCUGACGGGGUAUCCAUCCCUGCCCCCUCUGUUCGCCCUCGGGUACCACCAGUGCCGCUGGAGCUACGACGACGAGGCUGACGUGAAGGCUGUGGACUCGGGGUUCGAUCGCCACGACAUCCCUUACGACGUCAUCUGGCUGGACAUCGAGCACACGGACGGGAUGCGUUACUUCACCUGGGACCCUGUUCACUUCCCCGAACCGGCUGCCCUGCAGCGCCACCUGGAGGAGAAGCACAGGAAGCUUGUGGUUAUAAGUGAUCCCCACAUCAAGGUCGAUCCUGAUUGGUCCCUGUACUGUGAGGCCAGAGAUGCUGGACAUUUUGUCAAGGACAGAGAGGGACGGUUCUAUCAGGGCUCAUGUUGGCCCGGUGAGUCCUGUUACCUUGACUUCAGCAGCCCGGCCACUCGAGCAUGGUACUCCAGAUGCUUCGCCCUGGAUAAGUACAAAGGAUCCACGCCGUCGCUAUUCGUGUGGAACGACAUGAACGAACCGUCCGUCUUCGACGAGCCGGAGAAGACGAUGCCAAAGGACGCGGUGCAUCACGGGGGCUGGGAGCACCGGGAACUGCACAACCUGUACGGCUUCUACCAGCACAUGGCCACGGCGGAAGGUCUGGUGACUCGCUCAGGCGGCUCGGAGAGACCGUUUGUCCUGUCCCGCUCCUUCUUUGCCGGCUCACAGAGACACGGUGCAGUGUGGACCGGCGACAACGUCGCCAGCUGGGAGUAUCUGAAGAUCUCGAUCUCCAUGGUUCUGUCUCUCAGUGUGGCAGGCAUAGUGUUUUGUGGAGCCGAUGUCGGCGGGUUCGUGAAGGAUCCCGAUCCAGAGCUGCUGGUGCGCUGGUACCAGGCCGCCGCCCUGCAGCCGUUUUUCCGCGGCCACUCUGCCAAGGUGACAAAGCGCCGGGAGCCGUGGCUGUUCGGAGAGGAGGUCACGGCCGCGGUCCGCGCCGCGAUCCAACAGAGGUAUUGCCUGCUGCCCUAUUGGUACACUCUGUUCCACCAGGCUCACACCUCUGGUCUGCCUCCAGUCAGACCUCUGUGGGUGGAAUUCUCCAAAGAACAGAGCACCUUCGCUGUGGACAGCCAAUAUAUGAUUGGAGCGGCGCUGCUCGCCUGUCCCGUCAUCAAGCCGGGUGUUCAGGAAAUCAAAGUGUCACUUCCUGGAUCUGGCGAGAUUUGGUACGACGUCCACUCUGCGAAGGCGUACGAAGGCGGCAAGACCCUGAGUCUUCCAGUCACCCUGGACACGGCUCCCGUGUUCCAGCGCGGCGGCUCGGUGGUCUGCAGGUCAACAGGAAGUGGCUCCUGUACGGCCGAGCUCCAGCAGCUGCCCCUGUCCAUCACCGUGGCGCUAAACUCUCAGGCGGCCGCUGACGGUGAGUUGUACCUGGACGACGGCCACUCUUUCAGCUACCGCGACAGGAAGGCCUUCUGCCUGCGCAGGUUCAACAUGCUGUCGGGCCGGCUGCUCUGCCGUCCGGCCAGCGGAGACGGAGCGUUCGACUGCGACACUGUCGUGAACUCGGUCACCGUCCUGGGGUUGAAGAGCAAACCGUCCGCUGUGACCGUGCACGCGUCAGGUUGCGAAGACACGUCCGCAGCGUUUCAGUACGUGGAGACCUGCUGCCGACUGACGGUGAGCAGCCUGCAGCUCAGAGUGGCGACGGCCUGGGACGUCCAGAUACUGUAGGUUGUUAACUUGUGACGGUGCAGUUCCAUUUUCUCCGUCCACUGGAUUUUUUGUUAUUCCAGAUCGGACGAGGUGGAUCCUCCACUUCAUAAACGACGUGCAGCUUCAAACGUUCACUCUGUUAUUUUUUUUACAUGUGUCGUCAUGGUUACCUGAAACCGACAGUGACGUCUUCCCAAAGCAGAUGUUUUUCUGUUCUGGCACAAAAUGCUACAAUAGGAAAACGCUGGAAUGAGCUAAAAAAAAAACAUGUAUGAGACUCAACAAGGACUUUGCAGCAAGCGUAAGCAUCAUUUUGUUGUUAUUUUCAAGUUGUAUUGAUAUGGAGAUAUGAAAUAAAAAUGAAUAGAAAAUAGAAUCAGAGCAAAAAAACGCUGACAUAAUAAGUCCCUGUACACACAUUUAUUUUCCAGGAAUUGUUAUGUGUGAUAAGGAAGUGAUAAUAAAGGAGAAUAUAAAAGAGUA